AUGAUUCUCCUCGCCCCUGUCCUACACGUCCCCCAAGUCUUCUCUGAGGCUUUGCGACAAGGUGGAAAGAGCAGUAGGCUGCGGGCGUGUUCUAACACGUGCUUCCUUGUGAAGGAACUCAGCCAGCGAACCAGCUCCAACCUGCUGGAAACACCAAGAACAGUGCCCACUUCAAGCCCAUCUCUUCUAACCCCUGUUAGAAGAGAGGCCGCCGCCGGGCCCCCCACCCCGCCCUCCAUAGCUGCGCCCCGCACUCUGGCGGCAGGGGCGCCUGCGCCCAGGAAGGCCGCCCUCACACACCCGGGGAAGGCGAUCCUGGCAGGCGACAUCGAAAUCUGCAUCACCUUCCCCACCGAGUACGUGAAGACGCAGCUGCAGCUGGACGAACGCUUGCACCCGCCGCGCUACCAGGGCAUCGGGGACUGCGUGUGGCGGACGGUCCACAACCAUGGCGUCCUGGGCCUGUUCCGCGGCGUCAUCUUCCUGCUCUACGGCUCCAUCCCGAAGGCGGCCAUCCAGUUCGGGAUGUUCGAGUUUCUCAGCAACUACAUGCGGGACGCCCAGGGACGGCUAGGCAGCACGCGCGGGCUGCGGUGCAGCCUGGGCGCCGGUGUGGCAGAUGCCGUGGUGGUCGUGUGCCCCAUGGAGACCAUCAAGAUGAAGUUCAUCCAUGACCAGACCUCCCCCAGCCCCAAAUACAGAGGAUUCUUCCAUGGGGUCAGGGAGAUCGUUUGGAAACAAGGGCUGAAAGGGACUUACCAGGGCCUCGUGGCCACCGUGCUGAAGCAGGGAUCCAACCAGGCCAUUCUCUUCUUCGUCGUGACCUCCUUGCGCAACUGGUACCGAGGGGACAACCCCAACAAGCGCGUGAACCUUCUGAUCACUAGUGUGUUUGGCGCCAUCACAGGCACAGCCCGUGUCCGUGGGAACACUCCUCUGGACGUGAUCAAGACCCGGAGGCAGGGCCUGGAGGCGCACAAGUACCACAGAACGUGGGACCGCAGCCUGCAGAUCCUGAGGAACGAGGGCCCCAAGGCGUUCUACAAGGGCACCAUCCCCUGCCUGGGCCAGGUGUGCCUGGACGUGGCCAUCAUGUUCGUCAUCUACGACGAGGUGGUGAAGCUGCUCAACAAAGUGGAAGAGACGUGGGCUGGCCCCAGCGCCUCCUUCUCACGAUUCCAGUGCAGUCAUGCCAAAAGGCCCCCUUCCCCUGGCCCUCGCAGUCCAUGGCCCAGGGCUGUCCCCUGUGGCCAUCGAGUCCAUGUGUCCCCUGUGGUCUGGUGGCACCUGCCACUCUCAGGACCACCCUUCCAAGGCAGAAUAAAUCGGAUCCUGUUGCAGCCUCCUGUCCCUGUGUCAGCCCGUCUGUGGGUGGGCAGUGGUGGCCACGCCUUUGCCGAGGGCAGGCCCACUCCUCACCCGAGGACACUGUCAGGGCCAGGCAGGCUGGUGGGCAAGCGAGCUGCGGCCACAGUGUCAGCCCUCUGGGAGGCCUGGCACUAG